UCAACCCUCAGUUUCGUAGGGGAAAAACGGGGGAGUCCGCGCCGUUCUAGCGGGGCGUAUUUAUCGCAGACGCGCAUAGAUGUCAGUCGUUCGGCGAAUUGCAACGCGUACGGACGUGUAUGAAUUUCACACAGGCGUGCUGCUUCGUUCGGUGAAGUACCGGCGAGUUGACCGAGCCGGUUGUAAAGAAUCUCUAACACGAAGUCGUCGCCCCGCCCGCCGGUUGGAACAUCAUCCGGUCACGAAGCCUCAACUGUAUGAAUCAGAUUCAUUCACGGCCGUCGCAGCCUUCUUACUCAUAACCUGUUAUCAUAUUACGUAUUCUACGAAGAAAGUUAACUAAGUUCUUCCUGAAAAAGAGAACGGUAAAAAAAACAUGUUAUGUUUACAUAAAUGUUCAAAGAUAGCAAUAUUGCUAAAAAAACAUACAAGUUAUUAUAGACCCUUAGUGAUGUAUUUAUAUAAAAGGACAACGACCUAAAGAAAGAUGUCUACAGCAUUGCUAGCCGUGUUUGCUGUCAUCCUGUGCAUCCUGUUCAGGAUAUUGAAUGUGAAUAGUGCUCCACAGAAGCCUCUCCUCGUUUGCAAAGAUCAAUCCUUUCUGUCAACAGUACUGAAAAUCGCACCGGUUAUCGCCGAACCAUACAAGCCAACGAGGUUGUGGGGCUUCAGCGGACACGUACAAACUAUUAUUCACAGUGUUAUAGGGCGUGUUCGGUGCCCUUGGCCCAUUGGCGAACGGGUGUACAUUGGUCUUCCGGAUGAAACAACUCUUACAUACGAUCUCUAUCAGCCGCUGACCAAUGGACACGAAGAUGACAUAACGAUAGCUAUUUGUCCCGGUAUCGGCAACAGCUCGGAAAGCGUUUAUAUCAGGACCUUCGUACACUUCGUGCAAUGUCAUGGCUAUCGGUGUGCGGUACUUAAUCACGUCGGGGCCCUUUCCAGUGUCAAGAUCACAGCACCGAGAAUAUUCUCUUAUGGACACACGGAUGACUACAACACGAUGUUACAAAAUCUGAUAGAGAAACAUCCUAAUACAAAAAUAGUUUGUAUUGGAUAUAGUUUAGGCGGUAAUUUGGUAACAAAAUACCUAGGAGAACGCGGUCCAAAUAAAUUGUCCAACAUUAUUGGAGGAAUAUCAAUUUGCCAAGGAUACAACGCUCUUGAAGGAACGAAAAUUCUAUUAAAUUGGCAGAACUUUAGACGCUUCUACCUCUACGUAAUGACAGAAUCGAUGAAGAAUCUUAUACUAAAACAUAAAGGUAUGCUUUUGUCCGAGGAUGUGAAACAAAGAUGUAAUUUGAACGAGCGUGAUAUAAUCUCCGCGGCAACGUUACCCGAAUUGGAUGAAGCGUACACGAGAAAGGUACACAACUUUAGAUCUGUGCAAGAGAUGUACAAGUGGAGUAGUUGUAUUUUUUAUCUAGACAAUAUUACAACGCCGAUGGUAUUCAUCAAUGCGUUAGACGAUCCGGUCGUGCCGGAAGUAUUAUUAAAUCCAAUCAAAGAGCACGCGGCCAAUCGUUUAAACACAUUAUAUGUGGAGUUAGCGCACGGAGGUCAUUUAGGUUUUUACGAGGGAGGUCUUUUGUACCCGAAUCCUAUAACAUGGCUAGAUCGAACUCUAGUGUCUCUCGUGGGAUCUCUGACUCUAGCACACGCGGACAAGGCUCUCAAAGCCUCUUAACCGAAUUUAGUUCGAUCAAUAUAUUCGUACUAUCGGAUAUUACAACAGCAAUAUAUCACACACACACUGUGAUUGUACUGUGAGAACUAGCACUGCACUUGAUCGACGUUCGAAACUAACCGCGAUGGUUUACGAUGGGAAACACUACGAUAUGAACAAUUGAGAAUUGAAACGGCAGAUUGUAGUCUAGUGAAAAAUAUCCGGUAUAAGCUUUAGUCAUUUUAUAAAACAGAUGGAUCCUAGCAUCUUCUGUCACAAGUAAUAUACGGGACAAGUGAUAAGCGCGACUGUAAAAUAACAAACGUCUGUUUAGUGAAACUUUUGAAAUUGGACAUAGUUUUUGGAACGAUCAAUCAAAUUGUGCAAUUUAUUAUAUUAUAUUUAUUAUUAAAUUUAACGUAACCAAAAUUAAUCAAAUUAAUUUUUCGAUGGAGAAAAUAGAGAUAUGAAUUUUUAAUAUUUUAUGAAAUAACUGACGCUUCUUUCUCAGGGAUCUUCUAUAGGAGGACGGUUUUGAUGACCUUCAAUGGUCGUUAAUAGGUUACUAGAGAUGCUCACGAGCUAUUAAUUAUUAUGAUACACACUGAAUGUGAAUUUGAUGCAAUACAGAGUAUCUUGUGUAUUAAGGAACAACUUGUAUUUAUGUACAAUAUGUGUAUUAUUAUAGUAUAGAUUGUAUACAUCGAUUUAAAACGUAUUUAUAAAUACAAUUCUAAGGUUAUUAACUUUCUUAAUACGGAAAAUUUGCCAUUGUGCAACAACAACGUACGAUUAUUUAUUAAUUUGAAGUUGAUAGUGAUAUUAGAUUUGCGGGAAAAUCUAUUGAAUCAAAUUUAGUGUUCCAAAUUAUCAUGUACAUAAAGGUGUGCAAAUGUAUACUAAAAAAUUUGUAAAUAAUACUUUUUUAAUUAAGGUUACAGUAAAUUUGCGUAUCGUGGAAUAUGUAAAUUUAUUUGCGGAUUGAAUCAAAGAUCUUAAAAUAACUGAAUUUGAUAUAUUCGCAUUCGAUAUUAUGCCGCAAUACAUACAUAUAUAUAUAUAUAUAUAUAUAUAUAUAUA